AUGACGAAAAGAACAUCAUCCUUUGGAAAGCGUCGCAACAAGACUCACACAUUGUGCCACCUUCAGAAGUCUACCUGUGGCAAAUGUGGCUACCCUGCCAAGCGCAAGAGAAAGUAUAACUGGAGUGCCAAGGCUAAGAGACGAAACAUUACUGGGAGUGGGCGGAUGAGGCACCUAACAAUUGUCUACCGAAGAUUCAGUCAUGGAUUCCGUGAAGGGACAACCCCUAAACCCAAGAUGGCAGCUGUUGCAGCAUCCAGUUCAUCUCGAGGAUUUCAAUCUGUCAUAAAAUAA